AUGCUUGACUUGGAUGAAACAAUCGCAAAUAUCAAGGAAUGCAAAUUCGUUCCUGAAAAGGAUGUAGAAGAACUUUGUUCCAAAGCCAUUGAAAUUCUCAUAGAAGAGGGAAAUAUUCAGCAUCUUGAUACUCCUAUAACUAUGUGUGGAGAUAUACAUGGUCAAUUACACGAUGUAUUGACGUUAUUCCAAACUGGAGGUCAAUGUCCUGACACCAGAUAUUUAUUUUUAGGAGAUUUUGUUGAUAGAGGGUUUUAUUCAGUUGAAACCUUCUUGUUACUUAUGGCAUUGAAAGUAAGGUACCCAGACAGAAUCUACUUAAUCAGAGGUAAUCAUGAAACUAGACAAAUAACAACAGUUUACGGGUUUUACGACGAAUGUCUCAGAAAAUAUGGUAGUGUUAAUGUUUGGCGAUAUUGUUGCGAGGUAUUUGAUUACAUCUCAUUAGGAGCAGUCAUAGGAGGAGAUCAAGGGGUAUUCUGUAUCCAUGGAGGUUUAAGUCCCAUGAUAAACAAAAUCGAUCAAAUAAAAAUCAUCAAUAGAAAGCAAGAAGUACCUCAUGAAGGUGCGAUGUGCGAUUUAUUAUGGUCAGACCCUGAAGAUGUUGCUGGAUGGUCAGUACUGCCACGAGGAGCAGGUUACCUUUUCGGAAUCAAUGAAGUGAAAAAGUUCAAUCAUACUAAUAAUAUAUCGUUAAUUGCUCGAGCUCAUCAGUUGGUUAUGGAAGGUUAUAAAGAAAUGUUUGAUAAACAAUUGGUAACUGUUUGGUCAGCACCCAAUUAUUGUUACAGAUGUGGUAAUAUUGCAUCGGUGCUAGCUAUUGAUGAUAAUCUUGAACGAGAAUAUAAAGUAUUUGAAGCUGGUACUAUGGAUAUAACAAGUUUACCAUCGAAAAAACCUGCCACAGAUUAUUUUAUCUAA